GCUCCUAAGCCCGACGCCCACCUUUCGGCGCUACCACAUCGGAAGCCAAGGGCGCAGAGUCAACGAGCUUGAUAGGGGACAAUGGAUCUUGAAGACACGCCGAAAAAGUCGCCGAGGGCUGGGGACUCGCCAAAGGCAACUGGUGGGCAACACAAACAGUGAGGCACAGAAGGGCAGAAAGAUGCGUGCCUUUCCUGUCUGUGUGCAUGCAGGCAGCUGUGAGUCGGCCGCAGGCCGCAUGACUUUCAGCACCUCCAGCACGAGAGACAGCGUCGCAUCAAGUCCGAAAGGGCAGCAGGCAAGCAACAGAUGCACCACAGUGUGGGGCACACGGGGAGAAAGAGACGGCUGAAAUGAGGCCAACAAACGUCAUUCUGGGCCUGGCUCUUUCUGCUGAUGCAGGUGCGAAUUGACCGUUCCUGCUUAGAAGGCCUGGAGGGUCCGCUGGUAGGGCGCCUCGGCUCGCUGAUCAGCACCAGAGAGGCGGCACCCCUGUCUGGCGUGAGUAAGGAGCUCUACGGCAAGGUGAAUGACGGCACCUAUGGGAUUUGGCGUUGGCUGGUCAUCCGGGACGGCGAGAACAUAUGGCAGGACCUCGGGGCCAUGAAGUACUCGUCCAAGGACAUCAAAGCCGAGAGCAGAAAGCGCAAGGCAGAAUAUCUCAAGGCCAGACUGGUCAGCCAUUCAGCCAGCUAGCCACUCGAGGACAAAUGGUGCGUGCAGAGUGAUUGCCCGUCUGCCUGUGUGUGUGUGUUCAGAGGAAGAUCAAGGUGUGCCACGUGUCGACGAGCCACGGCGAUGCCGUGACCUUCAUCGCAGAGUGUCUGGAGGCGUCCAAGGGCACACUGACACACAUGACGCUCGUCGGCCCCGACCAGACAUUCUCCGUCUGCCGCUCGCGGCCCGACCCCGUGGUUUUCGAGCGGCUGACCAGCAUCAGCGUGUCUUCACCCACAUGGAUGCUGCUCAUGUGGACAUACAAAUGGUACGGAUGGGAAGUGUACAUGGCCGGACACCCAGCCAUUGAAACAGAGAGAGGUUGUCACAUGUAUGUUUUCUUUCUCUGGUGCACUCACUGCAGGGAGCUGCCCAAGGUGACAGUGCUCAGCCUGGGGCCCGUGAGCCGACACACGUCGGUCUCGACCGUCUCGCUGUCGCACAUCCUCCAGACCUGCCCCCUGCUCCAGGAGCUCCGGGCAAAGGAGCUGGUGCUCUACGACACGGACUACUGGAAGAACGUCUGCCUCAACGGACUCAGCAAGUGCCCACAGUUGCGGGUCAUCACCGGACUCUGCGUCAAGUUCUUCGAUUUUGCUCCCCUUCGCUACCUCAUCGAGGCACUCGACCCCCACUGGAGCCGCCACGACAUGAAGGGUGGGUGGCACACACAUACCAGGGGAGAGGGGAGGAUGCACUGCACCUCGUCUCGUCCACCUGUGUGUGUGGUCACUCACUGCAUUCAUUGCAUGUCUGUCUGUCUGCAGGCGUGCCAAAGAAGAUCCAGAUUCGCUACUGCAUGCAGAUAGGGACAGAUUUCGGCAAGGAGGUCCUCACGCGCAGCAAGGGGCCCAACCCCAUAUCGAUGCCCGAUUUCAUCGCAUGGGCGGGCCGCCUUGGCUGCCACAUCGACUGGACGCCAUGGUUCAUGGAAGAUACUCUGUACGUGCACCACAAACAGGCACAAGGCCAAACGGGACGUGCCUGCGACUGCAUGGCAUGCAGCCACGCAUGACACUGUCUGUCGUCUUGUGGUGUGGUGCGCAUGGCAUGCAGGUAUGAUGUUUCUCUAGAGUGCAGCAACAAGGUGCCCACGGCCCCUCCCGCAGUGCGCGGCCCCAUCGCAGACGUCGUCAGAACACUCACCAACAAGUCGCACGCAGUAAGGGCAAUGCGAAGACGCAUCGCCACAAAGUGUCUUGAUGCUGUGCAUCGGGUGCGUGUGUGUGGUGUGGUAUGGUGUGGUCCAUCAGGUGCAGCUGUCGAUUGGCGGCACAGCGCUCGACGUGAGCUGGAAGGACAAGUUGGUGUUCCCCCGUGCCAAGAACCUGCGCAUGUAUCAGUUCGGCGAGUCCAUCCCGGUGGCCGAGGCCAUCAAGUCGAUACCCGACUGGCUGAUCGAGACAGAGGAGGACGGCUCCAACGCACACAUGCCCGCCAUGGAGACCUUCUUCGGUUUGUGUGUCUGUCUGCAUGGGAGAGCGAUUCCUCCCCCACUGUGUGUGUUCCCCACUGCAGGUACCAUCGGCUUCAUCUUCUCACAUCAGACGAGCCACCGCCCGUCGGCUGACCUGCCGGCCGCCCCCAACAAGCUGUCUCAGCUUAUCGGAGGGUUCCGUCGCCUCCGGGCGGUGCUGCUGGUGUCGUCAUCGCUCAACACCAUCCUCGACUUCGUCUCAUACAUGAAAGCCCCGCACGUCGAUGAGGUCGGCCCAACCAAACAGACACAAAGCUGCUGAUAUGGCUGCAUCAGCGUGCGUGUCGUGUGUCUGUGUCAGGUCGAGUGUGAGCUGGCCGCCCACGUGACGGAGUUGCCCGAGACCCUGCCCACAGACAAGGUCUUCCCGUCGGUGCAGCGGUUCGGGCUGCGGUCAUUCCGGGCGAUAAGCCGGUCGUGUGCGCUGUCGUGUGCGCGGCUGAUAGCGGCCAUCGCGGCGGCGGAGGCCACGUUUGAGGUGUGGAUCGAGCAGAACGAGUUCCAGGACGGCCCGCGUGACGUGGGCAUGCGGGCGCUGUGCUACGAGUGCAUAGAGGUGGUGCAGGGCGUGUAUGACGUCACACACACACGGUCGUCGCCAAACAUCGGGAUAAGGCUCAAGAGGAAGAAGCCAACGGACGAGAUGAAGUGAGAGAUAUGGCUAAAUCGGGAGGGGGGACCCAGGGGCAGUUCUGUGAGUGGUUUUCUUUGUGUGGAUUGUUCUGUUGUGGAUAAGUGACACGGGGACCGCUGCGUCCGUGUGUGUUUGCGAAAGCUCCGCCCAGCUGGCGGGUCUGUCUGUCUGUCUGUCUGUCUGGAUAAUCUGGAUAAAUGGGUAAUCAUGGGACGGGCCAUGUUUUUUCCGGCUCCGUUGGUCCAUUAAUUCACGCGUGCAUGCGGUUGACACACAGCUGCAGCGUAUCGACACAUCCGUGCCGAAGAUGGAUAAGAUUGAGUAAAGUGACUAAGAGGCAGGGAGAGAGGGCAGAGGGGAGAGGUUUGCUGUGGAGUGUCCUGUUGUGGAUACAUGAGUAAUGUGUGUGUGCGGGCAUCCAGGCAGCAAAGGGCGGCGCACGCGGACAGGGAUGGGUGGAGAGAGAUGAGGGUCGCGCGUAGUGUCAUACUUUCCUGCCUCGGUCGGUCGCGUCUGGUUUUGUCGGCAGGCGGUGCCUUUCUCACUGACUACCUGGCAGUUGUCAUGGAGUUCUGAUGUGUUGUUUGCUGCGCUGCUUCAUGUGACGUCCGUGAUGUCGUGGGUGUGCAACCUGCCGGCUCUUCGGUUGUGUGCACCCCCACGUCAGAACAGGUGUCACAUGAAGCAGACAGUGAGUGACAAACAGUGAACACAAGUGCUGCAUUCAGCAUGGUUGUGGUCCUGGUGACGGAAGGAAGUCUGCGCAGCUCUGUUCUCAGGUCCGAAGCGAAGGUGAUGCCGAACCUGCGCUUCUUACCUGACGCCAGGCAGCGCAGACACCUUCUGUGCCAGCCAGGCGGGAUCUGAAUACGAUGGUGCAUGUAGCAGCUCAAUUCGCAAUGCGUUUCAGCC